CCUCGGGAGACCUCUAUUAGCUAAAGAGUGAAAGUGGCUUAGCCAAUGUCGCAAAAGUUACAUGUACAGAUGUCUGUCCAAUGCAAUCCAUUCUCACUUACCAUGCUGCUAUACAUAGCCUAUAUUUUUACAGUAUAUGCCGUCUGCUUCUUCACAUGUUAUACUUGGAGGUCUUUCUGUAUUCCAAAUCCAAAAAUUCAUACCUAAAAUAUGGAAACAAACUACCAAACUGAUCCGAGAAAAAUUCCCAGUUGAGGAUGAAUCUAUGAUAGAUAACCUUAUUAAGUGUCUUAAAGAAUUUGUUAGCCAAAAUCGCUUGUCAAAAGCAUUUGAGACAUUUUCUCACAUUCAGCUCCAUGGCUCAUCUAGCACUUCUCAUGACCUUUUAUUGGAUCCCAUAUCUUCUCUUCUAUUAUCAUGUAUCAAUAUCAAGGCACUACAACCAGGUAAACAACUUCACACUAAGACUAUUUCUUUGGGGUUGGAACAACACCCAGUUUUGGUUCCCAAGCUUAUUACCUUUUAUUCAACAUUUAAUCUCCUGGAUGAGGUUCGAACAGUUACCGAGAAUACAAAUAGUUUGCACCCACUUCCCUGGAAUAUGCUCAUCUCUUUGUACGUUAGAAAUGGGCUUUUCACCGAGGCUCUUGCCACAUAUAAGCAAAUGGCGACUAAGGGGAUCAGACCUGACAGUUUCACUUACCCAUCUGUUCUCAAGGCUUGUGGUGAAAGUUUAGAUUUGGCUUUUGGGACGGCACUGCACGAGUCCAUAAAAACAAAUCAUCAUGAAUGGAACUUGUAUGUCCAUAAUGCAUUGAUCUCCAUGUAUGGGAAAUUUGGUAAGAUGGAUGUUGCUCGUCAAUUGUUUGAUAAAAUGCCAGAAAGGGAUGCUGUUUCUUGGAAUACAAUGAUUAGCUGUUAUGCCUCCAAGGGCAUGUGGGGGGAAGCAUUUCAUUUAUUUGAAAAAAUGAAGACUGCGGGUACUGAAGUGAGUUUUAUAACAUGGAAUACUAUAGCUGGAGGUUGCCUGAAUACAGGCAAUUAUAGAGGUGCACUGGAGUUGCUUUCUCAGAUGGCAACUUGUGACACACACUUAGAUUCAGUGGCAAUGAUUAUUGGCUUGGGUGCAUGUGCUCAUAUUGGGGCCAUUAAAUUGGGGAAAGAAAUUCAUGCUUUUGCAAUUCGCAGUUAUCAUGAGAGGUCUAAUAAUGUUAGAAAUGCACUGAUCACUAUGUACUCCAGGUGCAACGACCACAAGAGUGCCCAUAUUGUGUUUAAGUUGACAGAAGCGAUGACUAUAAUUACUUGGAAUUCAAUGCUUUCGGGUUAUACCCGCAUGGAUCUAUUAGCAGAAGCAUCUUUUCUUUUUAGAGAGAUGUUACUAUCAGGGAUCAAACCAAAUUAUGUGACAAUUGCCAGCAUUCUGCCUCUUUGUGCUAGAGUCGCAAACCUACAGCAUGGUAAAGAGUUCCACUGCUAUAUUCUGAGGCAUCAAGAGUUUCAGGACUAUUUAUUACUGUGGAAUGCUCUCAUUGACAUGUAUGCACGAUCAGGAAAAGUUAUAACAGCCAAGAGAGUUUUUGAUUUAAUGACCAAGAGGGAUGAAGUGACUUAUACCUCCUUGAUAGCAGGAUAUGGGAUCCAGGGGGAAGGGCGAAUUGCACUUGACCUGUUUGACGAGAUGAUCAAGCUCCAGAUCAAGCCAGACCAUGUAACGAUGGUUGCAGUUUUAUCAGCCUGUAGCCAUUCGGGUCUAGUGGAUGAAGGCAAAAUGCUAUUUGAGAAGAUGCAAUGCAUCUACGGAAUCAUUCCCCAGUUGGAACACUUCGCUUGCAUGGCUGAUCUCUAUGGAAGAGCUGGUUUGUUGAGUAGAGCAAAGGAGGUCAUCAGAAAGAUGCCUUACAAGCCAACCCCUGCCAUGUGGGCCACUCUGUUAGGAGCCUGUUGUAUCCACAGGAACACAGACAUAGGCGAAUGGGCAGCUGAGAUCUAUUGCUACAAAGCCCGAACAUUCAGUACUAUGUGUGAUUGCUACAUGUAUGCCGCUAUCUACUUAUUUAGUUAUAAACAGAAGAUGGUGGCUUCCUCUUGGCCUGGAACUCCAGAGCUCAAGGAAGCCUUUGAAGGUGUUGGGGAGCUUCUUGAUGAUGCAGUAACAUCAAAAGGUGAUUUGAAAGCUAUCAUCGUCUAUGAUGAGCUUGAUAAUGGAGACGUGAUAAGUGAGGGCUCAAAAGAGGUGCUAACUGAUUUGGAAAUUGAUACGGCUGCAUCAAGAGAUCAGGGAUGGACGUACAUCAGUUUAGAGGCUUUUUAUAGACCAGAAUGA